AUGUCUAAUAAUAUAUCAUCGGAAUAUUCUGCAUGUAUAACAACAGUAUCAACUGAUGAAAUAGCACGUAAAUUAGCUCGUUCAUUGGUUGAAUCUCAUCUUGCUGCUUGUGUUAAUAUAAUUCCAAAUGUUCAAUCGAUUUAUGAAUGGAAAUCAAAGAUUCAUGAAGAUAAUGAAAUUAUUUUAAUGAUUAAAACUCGACAUGAAUAUGUUCCUCAAUUAAUUGAAUUUGUUAAAAAAAAUCAUCCAUAUGAAAUACCAGAAUUAAUUGAAUUACCAAUUAAAAAUGGAAAUCUUGAUUAUCUUAAAUGGAUUGAUGAAAUCGUCAAACAAAAAUCCUCAACAUAG